UCUUUCUCUUUCUCUCUGAGGGAAAGGCCGUACAUUUUCCACUCACUGAGAAAAUUUUCCAUUAGAUUUUAAACUUAAAAAAAAAAAAGAAAAUUUUUCUUCUCUCUUGUCCCUAUAAAAUUCGAAUCAACCUCACAAAAAACCAAAAGGACGAAUUCGAAAGCGCGUGAAAAAUAAUAGAAAAAAAAGAAAAGAAAAUUGUGAGCUGCAAAUGAGAUCAUUCUCAUUUAAUCGUCGAAUGCCAGUACGACUGACAUUUGCAGAUUCAUAUUGCUAUAAAUCAUGAUCCAUUUGUCUCUUUUUUCCUCUUCUGUUUGGAUCAUAUGAUAUGACUUUUUCUUUUCCUCUUAUAUUUUCUCUCGAGACGAUUUUCUGCUACCUUCUUUUUCUCUGUUUUGAGUGAUCAUUUCUGGGAUCACCCGAAGGAUUUUGCUUCGAAAACAUUAGCUAAUUUGGUUGAUCAGAUAAUUUGACGAAAACCCAACAAGGAAAAACUCAAAGCAAGUAGUAAAAGAGUUGAAGAUCAUUCCAAGCAUUCGAAUUUCAAGCUGUUUCUUCUUUGCCUGUUUUUGCAGAGAUCAAGAGGAGAACGAGAAACGAAGUGGAAAUCACUCCAUGGGAAAAAGCAAUAGCAGCAGAGAUUGGACUCAGAUCUACGCCAUUUACGGCAUGGACCAGUGGCAAACUCUUGUUUUUCUUUUGUGCCACGCUGUUUUCUUCUCGUUACUUUCCGUCCUCUUCCUCUACUACUUCGACUCCGUCUUCCACUUCUUCCAAACAUUUCUUUCCAGUUCAGGCGCUGCCCGCUUCGCCGCCGGGUUCAGUGGCGCCGUCACGGCUAUUUCUGCUGUUUGCUUAUUUUUCGCGGCGGCGAACUUCUUUUACUCCGCUGGACCGUUGCAUUACGACAUGGCGCAGCGGAUGGUCGGGUCCGUUAACGAUUGGUCGACGGUGAAGCUGGCACUCGAUAUUGGGUGUGGCAGAGGGAUUCUGCUCAAUGCGGUGGCGACGCAGCUGAAGAAGACUGGUAGUUCGGGUCGGGUUGUUGGGUUGGAUCGGUCUAAACGGACUACGUUGUCCACGCUGCGAACCGCCAACGUGGAAGGCGUGGGGGAGUACGUGACGUGCAGGGAAGGUGAUGUGAGGGGUCUCCCGUUCGGGGAUAACUAUUUCGACGUGGUAGUAUCGGCCGUGUGCGUGCACAGGGUAGGAAAAGAAUACGGCCACCGUACGGUGGAGGCUGCGGCGGAGAGGAUGAGGGCGCUGGGGGAGAUGGUGAGGGUCUUGAAACCAGGCGGGGUCGGGGUCGUGUGGGACCUCCUCCACGUGCCGGAGUACGUGCGGCGGUUGCAAGAAUUAAAGAUGGAGGAUAUUAGGGUUUCCGAACGUGUAACUGCCUUCAUGGUCAGCAGCCACAUGGUAUCGUUUAAGAAGCCUAGUCAGCAUAUCGUCGGCCCGGGCGAAGUCCGGUUGGAUUGGAGAUGCUGAUGUGGUAAAAAAAAAAUUUGGUUCGCAAUUAAGAAAAAACCGAAGAAGUGAAAUUAUACGUAAAAAAAAAAUUAUUACGUAGAUGAUGUUGAAGAUGAUAAUGUUCGAAAAAAUCGAAUUAGAAAUGAAAAUUAUACAUUAAUGUUGAGAUUAAGUUUUUUUUUUCUCAAGUCUGGGGAGACGAAGCCAAACCAGAUGUUUUUGUUGAAAACAUACUUAGCCUAUGUAAUCUAUAAUAUGGUUAUCAAUUUGAAGAUUGAUAACCAUUCUUCUUAUUAUGUACUUUAAAGCAAAGCUUUGUGUGAAUAAUGAAAUAAGUUUUGCUACA